AUGGCACGCAGGUUAGGAGACCAACUUCUCGCAGACAUUGCCAAGGCACAAGCAGAAGCGGCAGCUGCAACUACUGGAGCAUCGGCAGCUUCUCCACAAGAGCCUGUAGCAUCUCCGGAAAUACCUACAUCCUUCAGGAAGAAGCAAGAUGCUGCGCUACUUACUAUCAAAGGCAUCCUUGCAUUCGCAUCAAAACAUCCCAUCCUUGGUUCUACCAUGUCUGCGACACAUCUCACUGGUCCUGCGGGCGGCAACUUGAUGGACGUAUUCAAUCGUUGCGUAUCUUCAUCUACCAUUUCCAAGCCCCUUGCUCGCGCUCUCACAGAAAUUGUUCUGGCCCUUGCCAAGUCCGAUGCUCUCUUUGGGUCCCUCCGUAACUCCGAUGCGCCAUCAAUACAGCUGGACAAGGGCAAGCGCAAACGCGACCAGGAAGACGAAGGCGGCCGCUUUCCGGAACACCCUCAGAAACGCAUCACGGUCACCGUUCCUAUCGACCAACCUGACCUGUUGAGCCAAAUCGCGGAGGCUAUCCGCGUCGUUACCCACUCGCUCACGAACCGUUCUGAUACCGCCCAAGGACAAUCUAUCAAUUCCUCAGUCAUCUCGUCUAUUCAGCUACAGCUCCACCAGCUCUUCCUUUUCGCAGUCACCUCUGCCCCCCGCGCCGGAGACGGGCGCAUGCAGGCGCUGCAAGAGCUUGCGGGGCUCGUACAGAUGCUCGGCGUCCUCAGCGGUAUUCACAUAGGCAACGCCCCACCUCCAUGGCACGGACCCCCGGGAUCUGCUCCUCCUCUGCCUCCUCCGCCUCCCGAUAUCGGCACGGCCGUCUAUCCUUGCCUUGUACCUGGUUGUCCCAAGACCUUCCACCGCCUCUACUCCCUCCGCGCUCACCAACGCCUACACACCCUCGAGCACCGACCAUACCGCUGCAUGCAAUGCCCGGCGUCCUUCGUGCGCAACCACGACCUCAAGCGACACGCGCUCCUCCACGAGAAGAAGGCUUGGCGUUGCGCAGGCUGCAAUAAGAUCUUCUCGCGGCGCGACGCGAUCAAGCGUCACAAGGACGCUCGAGGCCGCGCAUCGGCCACAGGAGGGAAGAGUCGUUCUGGUGAGGCCGACUCCACGGUCGAUGCUGCAUGCGCGUACGCGGAGAUCGAGGAGGUCGAAGUGGAUAAGAUGGAGGGUGAGGAGGAGAUUAGCCGACGGGCGAAGUUGUGGAAUGGCAUUGCCGCGUCCUCGGCGGGGAGCACCAUGGCCGAACAUAUGGGCCCAGAGGAGGGUGAGGUAGACCCUGCGAUCAUCUAUCAGGCGCAGCAUAUGGUAUUGGGUAUACAUGGGCUGCUACAGGCGGAAGUCGCAAAGGGUCUGGGAACUCCCGCUGCACCUGCCCCGAUGCCGCCUCCGCAUGUGAGCCAGUCGACGCUGGCGAGCAUCAUUGCCCGCGCACAACAGUCGGCCGUCCCCGCGGACACUGUUGGCCAGCCGAACUCUCCUUCCGUCGUGCCUCCCGCGGAAGACACGCCCAUGGAGUCUACUCCACCCCCGCUUUCCCUCUCAUGGCUCUCAGAAGAACAAACCAGGUUGCUCGAGCAGGCGAUCGCUCAUGCUGCAUCUGCAGCGCAAGCGCAAGCGGAGGCUGAAGCAGCCUUGGAAGAGGAGGGCGAAGAAUUUGACGAGGAUGAGGAAGAGGCAGAAGAGCAGGACGGAGUCGAGAAAGAAUGA